AUGAGUGACCGAGGCGGACGGCGCGGCGCGGGCGCACCGUUCUACGCGCCACCGCGCCGUAAAACCUCGGCAGAAAUCAUCAGCGAAGCCCGUGCUGCAGUCUAUGGAGAGAUGAGCGGACCGUCCAGCGGUGCAGGCGGCGCACUCCGCUCCCUGCGCACGCGACGCCCAUUCACACCUAGAGAACCGCAGCGUACUCUUUUCACCGAACGAACCCGCAAGAAGGACACUAGACCGCCUAGCGCUUUUGACCUCAAAUACUUGAGUCUCCAAGAGAACAAUGACGAAGCGCUAGCAGCUGUCACAGGGGCGAGAAUCGCCAUUUUGGAGGAAGAACUCCUUAACGGAGUGCUAUUGACUGAAUCAACGAGUAAUACUAGGAAAAAACCAGUUCUUCGUAAACAAGCGCGGUCAACACAAGAGCGUACGGGAGAUGGGUGGGCAGGACUACCCAAGCUGCCGCAUCUCAAUGGGCGCAGCAAACCACUGCAUCGAAGAAACACCAGUGGAGUUUCACCUGAAGAAUCUACUGUGGGAAACGACUUAGCACAAGCAAUAUCGGUUACUAGACCGCUCGGAAGCAAUAGAGACAGCAACGAAAUCAACAAUGAGAAAGGUACCAAGUCCUUAAGCCCUGACGCCGGCAAGCGGCGUCUUCAGUUCUCGGGUGCGAAGUCGGUGUCAUGCGAGACCAACGCUUUCGGCGAUAUAUCUGUGAAACAAAUUGCAGUACAACUGCCUAAUGCUUCUUGCUGUGACUAUGACAACAUGAGUAUUCUGGAGCUAGCCGAAGCGCUCUCCCACCGCAGUCGUGACACGGACGAAACAUUCUACCUCUUGGAAGCACUGCAGAAUCUUCUAGAAAGCAGCCAACCCACCAGCAGCUUAAGAGAGCUGGUAUUAAGAGCUCUGUACAUGCACGUUGACAGUGAUGAUGAGAGGGUUCUCGUUGCAAUUGCGAGGUCUAUGCUGACGAUACGCGUAACUGGAAAUCAUUUAUCUGCAGCUUGUAAACUGGUCUUCAAGAUUGCCAGAAAUGACAACAAUGACCAUUUCUUCAGGAAUAGCAAUCUUUUGGAACUGUUAGUAGAAGGCUAUGGCCGUGCAGACCCACUUACGGAAGGUGAGUGCUGCGUGUACGGAGCGGGAGCUCUGCGGUUCUUGGCUCUGGAGCCUCGUUUAUGUAUGCAAGCUCACCGAGCAGGCGCUCUACAUCUUGCUGCUUUGCAUCUCAAGAUACUAAAUAAUGCGAAAGCGGAAAAUCCUCGAGCAAUAUCGGAGCACUCAAUUCACGCGCUUUACCAACUAACCGGCGCGCUAAGAAAUCUGGCCGGGGCGGGGCACAGGGAAAUACGGGAUUUCGUCGCCAGUGGCGCAUUAGGUGAACUAGUCAAUGCAUUGCUGUAUCACACGGAUCGAGACGUGCUAACUAACGUUGCUAGAUGUCUCAGCGUAUUGUCAGCGGAAGAAACAUGCUGCGCGUGGCUGUGCGCGUCAUCAGUGAGCGCGCGGGCGCUGCUGCUCGCGCUUGCCGCGUGCGCCGCCCGCGCACCGCUCGCCGUGCGACUUGCGUACACGCUCGGCAAUAUGGCCGCCGCCGACGAGCAGGCGAGAAUUAAUAUCUACGAAGAAGAGGGCGGCGUGGAUGUACUCCUAACUAUAUUAGAGUCGUAUACGAAACGGAACGAUAGUUAUGUCAAAGAACCUGAAAUUGACCCCGAUCUACAUCUUGUAGUUUCAGAUUUGGGCGGAUCAGAUGGAUCAAAUGAGGAUGUUCUCAUAAAGACAGUACGAGUUGUAGCCAACCUAUGCCUGGCAGAGCGCGCAGGACGAGGUCUAGCGGACGUUCACGCUGAGAGAACUAUCAAAGCAUUGUUGAGCUGUUUACGUUUAGCUGAGAAACUAGCGCAAAAACCGGUGCAGGAACAGUCCAAAGAGGAACCACCUAGUUGGAUGGAACGGCACGAUGAACUGGCAACAGCGUCUUUGGCGACAUUAAACAACAUCACUUUCUACCGUGAACCGCCCGAUCCUCCAGAUCCUUUGGACGAAACCCUGGACCAUUUGUGUAAAGUUACGUGUAAAUGGCUGAGCGGCUCAGGUAUGGCGUCAUGCGAGGCGGUGCGGGCCCUCGGCAAUUUGACUCGCGCUACAAAGGCAGCGCAACUCAUUGUGCUGGAAGGGGCUAUGGAAAAACUCGUGCCUUUCUUUCAACACGACGACGCAAGUGUCCGCUGUGCAGCGGCAGGAGUUCUUGUAAACGUAUGCGGCGCUGGUGUAGAAUGUAAAGAGGCCACCGAAAUCGCUUCGCAAGCGUUAUCCUCGGCUGCCCGAACAGGUGACUCGCCUGCGGCUGCGCUGCUAGCGAGAGCCUUGUGGAACGCCCAUGCGCAUAGGCCGUUGAACGCCAUGCACGCUAACCACGCUGCCACUGCCUUAACUAUGUUUAUAGACGACGAGUCAGUGUUCGCGGCGUGCCAAGCGACACGCGCCGACCGUCGCAACAGCGAGCCAGGCAUUUCCAAACAUUUGAGGGUAAAAUUCGAUAUCGACAACAACAAUUACUCAGAUGGAUCUGACAAAGAAUACCAACCAAAAUUCGCGAAAGCAUAUAGCGUCGAUCAAAACUUACAUCUAUAUCUAGGAGACAACCAUUCAGGAGAUGAAGACGGAGAUCGUACAGGGUGCUCAGAUCAAGGCUUCGAAGACGGGGACGUCGUCGGGGACGAAGAGUGUAAUUGUGAACCUUGCAGAAGACUUGCUGCGUGGGAAGAGCUUGUGGGAGUAGCUAUACCUCUUUUAGAGAAAUUGAGACCGCCUAGAGCCGAUGCUUCUGUUGGGACAGAUUAGAUAUAAAAGGGAUUGCGAAUAUGCGACUAGAUUUAUAUUGUUCAGUCGGUAACUUUGAACUAUAACAACAUUCCCAGUGUUCAGCCAUGCAUAUUGAGUUGGAAAAUAAAUAAAAAGGUUGAUAGUACAUAUAACACAAUACUUUUCUUCCUACCGUAUCGAUAUCGAUGGCAUCCACAAUAAUGCUUGCCAUCGUGAUGAAAGGAUUGCCAAUCGACGUAAGGUUUGUUGCCCAAUGCGUCAAAUGUACAGGAAAAGAAUGAUACAUCGUGAGGUGAGGCUUCUUUCGUGCACCUCUAAUAAAACCGUGUAACCAAGCGGUUUGCCAAAGAAUUUUAUUCUCCAACUUAGUUGUAGGCAAGGAACCGGAUACUUCAUAUUUUGCAGUCAUUGCAGCGUGCUUUGCUACCAAUAAUAGUACACGUUGGUGCAAGAAAAAAGAAUUUAGCAAUGUUUUGUAAGCAUAUGAUUAUUACAGUAAUUUGCGGUGUGCGUAGUCAUCGUGUUUAUACUGGGAUUUUCAAAUAAUGAUACCUUAUUCGAACGAGGAAUGAGAAAAAAUUCAUAAUAGAUUUCUGAUUAUUGACUGGAAUAUUGAAGAGUGCCUUCAGAGCCUGAUUAUUAUGUUAAUGUUUCGAAAUAGUGAAUCAAUUUGCUAUUUCAUAUAGUGUGGCUACCAAUCCAUAAAAUAGGUAGUUUUUUGUAAAAUCAAGUGAUGGGACGAACAAGUAGUCUUGCACCUGUUGGUAAGCUACACGCCUGUCCAUAACAGUUGCAGUGUCACUCAGAGCCUUAAAACGCAAAAAUCUGAAGGGCCCUGCCACAGCGCCAGCACCUACUGUUUGGCGGCAGAAACAGGUAAGGUGGCAGUAAUUCCCUGGACGAACUCUUUCACAAGGAGCUCUACUGCUACUUAAAAAUCUUUGUUGAUGGUCAAAACAUUGAUAGAAGAAGAAUGUUUCGACGAAGUCAUAUUUCAAAUUAGAUCGCACGCAAAUUAUAAAACAAAACUGUCGGUUUACAUUCGAAUUUAUUUGUCGUUUUUAUUAAUAGCGAAGGGACAAAUCUAGUAAUUGUAUGUACAGUAAUGUUUUACCACUGAUUAACGGUAUGUACGAGGUUUUUUACACGUGAUUUCUAUAAAAGUGGAAUUUAUGAAUGAAAGCUGUUAUUUACUAUUUAUCUUAUAAGUUUCGGAACCAUAUAAAUAAUUAAUUGUAUUUUUUUUCUGUAGUCUAAAUUGGCAUCCUUGGUGUAAUAAGGCCAUAUCUGCA